AUGGCCGCCGUGCAUUGCCGGGAAGUCCAACUGCAGCUUUUGAUCGUGGCUUGGCUCCUUCCACACGUGCCCAAAGUGCCAUCUACGCACGCACAGUAUGAUGCGUCCUCGUAUUCAAAACGCAGAAAACAUUCGAAACCAAAAAGUUGGCAUGCGCCUCGCAUCCCUUUUGCUGAUGUCGCAAUGGAGCGGUUGCCAACCACAAACGAGCCAAAAGAGCUCUCCAUUGAGAUGACAUACGACUCAUUACGUGCCUUGUAUGAAGCCCUUGCAGACCAACUGUGCUUGCUGCAGUUUUCUGCGACACUCACGCCUUGUGCUUGGGUAUUUGGUUCGGGUGCGCGAGUCAAGACAUUGCAGGAUGAGCGUGAUGAAGCACAGUGGUUCUGUGCGGAUGUAUUUGGGUCAACCUAUGCAUCCUCGUUGCCAAAAGAGUAUGAAAUUUUACGUUUCAAGUGCUUUGGACCUGGUCUAACUGAAACGACGCCCACUCGUCGACGGCGUAUGGAGCGCACAAGUUCUGCGCCUCUUGCAUCUAUGCCAGUCGAACCCUCCCCUGCGCGUGAGUCAACCUCUGUGUCAGGCUCCGUGCAUGAGAAUCAUCCUAUUCUAGAUGCUGAACGCAGUUCUCAACGCAGACUACUCACAACCUUGCGUUCGACAAAUGAAGUCCACAUGUCACGCCGACUUGUGCGCACGCACAGUUAUACUCCGCAAAGCACGACGUUACACUCGCCGAUGUCGACGCCCACGGCCGCCGCGCCUUCUACCUCUAUGCGCCAUCACAAGCGUAAAGCACCUGCUAAUCGAUGGGCAUCUGUACCUGCAAAAACCCUCGUGAUGGAGACCCCGAGGCAUGUCCGCCAGAGGACUGUGUCAUUCCCAAGUGUUGCGGGUGGCUUGCUCGACAAGACCCAACACGAUCGUGCCAUCAACGAAAGUAACGCCAACACUCAUGCCAAUGACGUAGAUGAUGAGGACGAUUCACCUCCGCCCUCGCCAAGUACGGCAAGAAUUACAACUCGCACAUCGUCUGUGCCUGAUCUGAUAUCUCGUCCCCCAACACCAGACAGCGAUUCAGACGUCGAUCUUUUGAUACCAGAAACGCAAAAAGCAGCACGAAAGCGUGAUCCAUUAGCGCUAUUUUACUAG